GAGUCGUCUAGGGUUUGCUUCUUUUCGUCAUCGCUGUUCGGCUUCGUUGCUUCGCAGGAGGUGUAGAGAUUGCACGAGUCGCUUCUUCGGCUCCUUCGGGCUGUUCGACUUCGCUCCUUCGACGACUUUUCCUUCCGGUCGGAUCGGAAGUUACGACAUUUUGAUCGGAAGCAACAACUGGAGCUCGCUGGCUGUGAAGACCGCUUUUAUGUUCUGGGACGAUUUUGGAGGCCAGAAAGAGUAAGAACUUAGAUUCAUUCAGAGACAGAACCAUAGUUUUUUGAGAUAUAAUUCAGCCAUGGGGUAUGUUAAAUUAGAACUUCGUUGCCCAAAUAAUGCGGCUAUGGUAACUUCAGCUGAUCCAGAGCCUCUUUGGACUUUGGAUGAUCUUUUAUCACAGUUGAAUUCAUUGAAGAAGCAACUUGGAGCUCAAAAUGCGGUCCCCUCCCCUUUGAAGAAAUAUGACUCGAUUUGCUUUCCUGAAAUGAAGGAGAUGGGAAGUAAUAAGCCUUUUGUUAUGCGCAUCACUGAUGAUGAUGCCCAGGAAUCAGGAAGUGAGGAUGAAACUACUUCCUAUAGGCUAACUACUGGCACACGAUUUAAUUGUCCUGAUGUUUACCUGAGCGAGUCUGAUGAAACUGAUGAUGAAAUGCAUGAGAAAUCAGCUCCAUCUCUUCUCAUGGAAAAGAAAAGUGUGGAAGAAGGUGUACUAUGUGAGCUUGAAAGUGAACAUCAACUUAUGGUUAAGGAGCAACUUAGGAGUAAGCUAUCUUCUUUGGAGCUGUCUCAGAAAAUUGAAAGUGAGAAGUCAUCUUUUGCCAUUGACCGUCUUGAGAAACAAUCUGAAGCAAGGCGGGAAUUGGAUAGGAGGCUUGAUAAACAAUAUCAAAGAAGGAUAGCUGAAAUACUUGAUAGUCACUUAUCCAUCUUGCAAAGAAAUCACGAACAAAGAUCACAAAUAGAAGAAAGAAGAAUUAGAGAUGAUGCAACGCUUGAAGAAGCUAAGAGGAAGGAGAAGGCUUUAAUUGACGAGAGAUUGAGUCAAGAGAAAGCUAAAGUAGAAGCAGAGGUUAGAUUGAAAGCUAUUAAACAAGCUGAAGCACAAAAAGCAGCCUUGGAAGCCGAAAGAAGAGAAGCUAAAGAGGCUGCAGAAAAAAAAGCUGCUAGACUACCAGAGACUGCUGCUGAGGAUGCUUCUAAAAAGGAAUUUAGAGAACCAAAAGGAGAAGAAAAUACUCAACCACUAAGAAGCACUAAGAAAGGAGACUCUGUUACUAAGCAACUAGGCAUCAGGAUUAUUGCUUCUAAAGCUGCACUUAAUGCUGAGUCUACCCGCCUUGCAAUAUACAAUGGAGUUGCUGGAAAGAUCAAUGUUGUUGUUCAGAAGAAUCUUGAUAAACAUGGAAGGCAGAUGUACAAAUAUAUUAAGCAAGUAGGAGGCACUGUGGAAAAUGUCAGAGCAAAGGCGCAUGCGUUAGUGCAACUUAUUAAUGAUCCUACGUUACCUCUUCCAAUUUCAAUGUUGAUUUUUGCAAACAAGGUUGUAUCUCUUUGCGAAAACGUGAGUGGAAGUUUUGAUGAAAGUGCCUUUGGUUGUGGUUGGGCGAUUCUCCUCAUUGCUUCACAGGUCCCAAAUGUGAUGGAUUUUGUACUAGCCGAGUUCCAUAGAGCUUGCAUUUACACCGUUCCGAAGCAUCUACAAGCUUCAGAUGCAGCUUCACAAACCAAGGAUUAUUGGAAAAUGUUGGGUUACCGAGAAGAAGAUGGGGGGCUUGAAAGCACAGAUGAAUUCUUGAAUCGCGUUGAAUCUUGUAUGAAAUUAUAUGCUGCUUUGAUUCAGACGGAGAUCGAUGGCGUUAAAAAUCCUCAUGGCUUGAAAUAUGGGUGGGCAUGGCUUGCGAUGUUCCUCAAUGCGCUACCAGCUAAUAGAACCACAGCUGUCGCGUUAGAAGCCUUUUUGAAGAUGGCAGGAUUUGCACUGCUUAGAAAAUAUAAAUCUCAAUUCAUGAAAGUGCUAAAUGUCAUUUCUAGAAGAUUUCUGCCUGCUCUUAAGCAACGGGGUGAAGCUGUUAACGAGAUUGUUCUGAAAUUGGAGCAAUAUUUGGAUGAUAAGAUUUAUCUACGUGAACCAGAAGGACGACAUUUUCGAGGUUCUUUGUUGUCUAAAGUUUUUCAAUGAGCUGUUCAUUCUUGUUUGUACAUUUAAUCGAACUACAAUUGCUUGUUGGGCAAAUGAAGGAAAGAUAUUUUUUGUUGUGUUAAAUA